GGCGCCGCCCCGGUGCCGCCAGCGGAGCCAGCGCGGAUCGGCCCAGCAUGGAGGGGACGCGGCGCGCCCUGCUCCGCCUCGCCGCCGCCUGCUGCCUGCUCUGCGCCCUGCCAGCAGAGGGUCAGCAGACAGCAGAGGCCUUGGAGUCAGUGUCACCUUUUCCUAGCACAGCGCUAACCUCUCUUUGGCCAAGGGAAGCCUCUGACGUCCCUCCAGUGACUGCUGCCAUUCCUCAGCCAGGCCUGGAGAAAAACCUGACUGCUGCAACACUUAGUGCCACAGGGGCCCAUGCUACAGAGGUGGAGGAUGCCUUCAUCCCCACCACCCCCAUGGCAGGCUCCAAUGCAGAGAGACUGCAGGCUUCUACCACUGCCAGUCCUGGGGACAUCACAGUUACACAUCCUGAGCAUGACAACAUGAGCUUGUCAGCCAACAGCAGCACUGAAAUACCCUCCCCUACCUUGACUGCCAGCACUCUGGAAGAAAAUCAGCCGAGCCAUGAAGUCACAGAGCCUUUCAGCACAACUGAAGAAACGGAUGAUGCCAGCAGUGCAACCCCCACGCCUCCUCUGAACACUGGGCCGGCAACAACUAACAGCUCUCAGUCAGGGCUUUUUGAUGGGCAGACCCCGAGGCCCACAGCAGCAAAGUCUGAAACCAAGGCAGGAACGAGCCCCGUGGGUGCCACAGAGGAGAGCACUGUGGAGCCCAGAACUUCCUCUGCUCCCAUCUCCAUUGUACGGAGCACAUCCUUUGCUACUGCCUCCAGCACUGUGACAGUGACACCCCUCGUGACCAGCUCCACAUCUGCCAGCACAACUGCCAUCCCCACCAGCACGCCCACACUGGCACAGUCAUUGGAGCCCAGGCAUGAGAAGACUUCUGUGUUGGAUGUUGGUGAUGAUAAUUCAGAGCUUCCCAGUUUGGCUGGUAAAGCGAGGGCUGACCCCUUGGUGAUCACUGUGAUCUCUGUGUUCAUUGUCAUGGUGGCCAUCCUGGCCCUGGUGGGAUUCCUGCGCUACCGCCAGCACAACAACCGCACAGAGUUCCGGCGCCUGCAGGACCUGCCCAUGGAUGACAUGAUGGAGGACACCCCUCUCUCCCUCUACAGCUACUAGGCAACCAGGCUGUCUACUGCCCAGAGGAAAAGGCCUUGAGGACUUGGUCCCAGACGAUCUGCUGAGGAGUGAGGGGCUGUGAUUUGCACACAACUGAAAGAUCCUUUUCAGAUGGUUUUUGGUUUUAGACAUUUUCAAUAGUUCAGUGUUGAAGUUUCUAUGCUGCAAAUCAGAGCCCAAGUCUGACCCUUUUCUCCAGGCUCUCCUCAAAACAAUGCCCUGAAGAGGUGUCUCCUCCUUUUAGUGUGGCAACCAAUUAGCCAAGACAACCUUUGCCAUGGUGUUCUGCAUGGAUUUCUUCUGUUGAUCUUGGUGGCUGCUGCCUUCAAAGGAGGUGGGCAAGUGUUUCAGACUAGGGCUCUUAACACUGGUGGUGUCAGCACAGUGCCAGCAGAGGAGACUGCUGUUUUCUAAGGAAGCCAAGGAUGUGGAAGUCAGUUCUCUUGGGCUCCCUCUUGUUCUGUAUUUUUAAGGUUGUUUGUUUUGGGGGUUUUCUUGCACUUUUGUUUUUGUUCCUGUUUCAGCUUUAGUCCCAGGAUUGGCAUUACCCAUCCUGAAACACCUACAGGAGGAUAAAAGACUACUCUGCUUCCUUCCUAGAUGCAUACCUUUUCUCUUUAACCAGGGAAAAGAGUUUUGUUGCCACUGGAGAAGUGCCCCUGCUACUUGAUGUUGCUUUGAAGUUGCUGGGAGGAAAUUGAACAUAAUGUUAGCUUAACUGAGCUUGAUAGGACUCAGUUUAUUGCCAAUUAGACACACUAAUUUGGUCUCACCACAAUUAGAAAACCGUGUCUCCUACACUUGAUGCUUUUGGCAUAUGUGUAAACUCCUUUCCCAGGCCCAGUAAAUGCUUUAGUCUAUUUCCCUGCCUGGGCUAACACAAGCCUUUCCUCAGGUACCUCCCAUUUUGCUUCUAGCAUCUGGUUGCUGGAAGUUGUUGUACAAAGCUGGUGCUUUGCUCUCCCUCCUGUGCUAUGCAAGGUCAGAGCUCCUCUACUUUCUGAUGUUGGUCUUUUGAGCCAGUUGGUGUCUUGUCAUGAGGACAGAUCCUGGAUGUAGGUGCCUUCCUCCCCUUCCCUUUCUUGGUGUUAUGCUGAUUAGAUUCUGCACUUUUGCCUCAAAAUAUCACUGCUGUAGACUGCAUCCAAGGCUCUUGAGGCCUCUCAAGGAAACCCACAGGCCAGAGCCUCUGAGUGUAAAUCAGAGGAGCUUUUGGUGCCCUUGUGUCAGAAAGACCGGAGUGUGUAUGACAUGACAAUUUUCAUGUAAUUACACCUGCUCCUGUUUUCUAACUCACAUUUGACUGCAGGAAAAUGGAAACACAUGCCUUCUCUAGAGUGUUUGAUUUUUGACUAAGCCAGUUGCUCCCUCAGGAUACAGCAAGGGCUAGAGUUUAUCUGCCACGUUGCUCUACAAGCCUCAGUUUCUCCUCUCCUUUCAGGAGCAACAUCACUGAACCCCACGAAGGACAGAUACCAAGCCUCACUUGAAAAAGUACCUUUUUUUUCCCAGUGCUGUUAGUGGUUAUCAUAGCAGGGAAAGGGGUAAUUCCCCAUCAGCUGAGCUCAAGUUGCCUGGAAAGCCCAAAGGAGGAGCAGAACAGAUCUGGCUCAAAUAGAUGAACUGGGUAAGGCAGCAGUUCCUCCUCCCUGUGCUGCUGCUUUGAGUGGCUGACAAAUGGCUGCAGUGCAGUUGGGUUUCAGUUUGGCCUUCCAUCUAUGUAUUUAUGCCCAGUAAAAUAGGGAAAAGAGUUGGUUCUCUUCUAUGAUUGCAUGAGAACUAAAGAGCAAUUGUCACAACUCCAAAGCUUCUGUAUCAAGCAUUGUCUGCACAGAGCAAUCUCCCUAGCUACAGACCUGUUUCCCCUGCCGGAGGGCAGGGUGCUGCUGGUUUUCGGCACAGAGUUGGCAAGUUAGUGAUGGAAAAUAGAACUCCAUCCUGGCUGGAACUGGUGCAGGCUGGCAUAUCUGGGAAGUGUGUCUGCACACAAGCAAAAGGGCAGAGGCUGGUUGUUCUGGUUUCCCAUGCAUCGCUGUGCAGGGGAAAGAGGUGAGGAAAAACUCGCCCAACACCAAAGUGCAACUUUGUUUGUAAAAUAUGUUGAUAGUGGAUUUUUUUUCUUUCUGCAAUAAAGUUACAA